UACCGGGUGGUUUCUUUUUUCUCGUUCUGUUACUCGUUAAUUUUAAGUAGGUAUUCAGGAAUCACUAAUCAGUACUCUUCAGUAUUUACUGGCCAGUAGAGACAGUGACUAUAUUAUUAUUUUCAUAGACCUGUCUCGUGUACUGAACUCUGCUAUCUCGGUUCGUGUAAUUCAUUCAUUUUAAUAUAGGCAUCCGCUAUUAUCGCUUAAACGUUAAAAUAAUAUUGACAUUUGAAGUAAAGAAGUUUAUACCUAUUAUAAUCGCAAGAAAAUAAUUGUCUGCAUUCUGUGUGAAGAAGUUUUUAAGUCGCAAUUCGUCAUCUUCUCUAGAUUUUAACACACACAAUCAAUUUUGAAUUUUUGAAGUAUUAUGGAAUCUAAUAAAAGAGUGCUUUCCAUUCAGAGUCAUGUUGUUAGUGGAUACGUGGGUAAUAAAUGCGCCGUAUUUCCAUUACAAAUAAUGGGAUUUGAAGUGGAUGCAAUAAAUUCUGUACAAUUGUCGAAUCAUACUGGAUACAAAACGUACUAUGGCCAAAUAUUAAACGAAAGUAAUUUAUCGGAAUUAAUAACUGGUCUUGUUGAAAAUGAAUUGCAUAAUUAUUCACAUCUAUUAACUGGUUACAUUAGAUGUCCAAUGUUUUUAAAGAAAGUUGCGGAAGUUUAUAAAAUAUUGAAAGAGAAAAAUCCAGAUUUAAUAUAUGUGUGUGAUCCUGUAAUGGGUGACAAUAAAAAAAUGUAUGUUCCAAAAGAAAUAUUAGAUAUCUAUAAGAAUGAAAUCAUACAUUUGACAGAUAUCCUUACUCCUAAUGAAUAUGAAUUAGAGUUACUAACUGGAAUAAACAUAACAACCCUUGAUGACAUUAAUAAGGCCUUAAAUAUAUUAUAUGCUCAUGGUUGUAAGACAGUUGUUGUGUCAUCUUCUAACAUAUCUUCAAAUUCUGUUAUGAAAUGUAUUGGAAGAAACUUUUCUUAUGAGGAAUAUAUAGAAUUAGAUAUUCCUAUCAUUGACCAAUCCUUUAUUGGCACCGGAGAUUUUUUUACUGCUUUGUUAUUAAUAUGGAUGAACUUAACUAACAAUGACUUAAAACAUUCCAUGGAAAAAACAGUUGCAACUAUUCAAGCAGUAUUAAAACGUACCAUAAAAUAUACAAAUGAAAACAGUUUGAAGAAUCCAGUAAGCAGUAAAGAAUUAAAAUUAAUUCAAAGCUUGAGUGAUAUUCAAAAUCCUGAAGUAAAAAUAUUUGGUACUAUAAAUAAAGUUGGGUAAUUAUUUUUUAGUAUAUAUAAAUAAAUCAUAAUAGUUUUUAAAAAUAGUUAUUGUUAUUAAUUGUUAUUAUAUAAUUUAAAGGACAAUAAACUUCAUAGCCUUAUGUUUAAGUUAAUAACUUAAAUUAUUAUAAAACUUCAUGUAGUUGAUACUAAGUAGGUACCUAAUUUAUAAUAAUCUGUCUAUAAAAUAAAUUCACGAGCUUAAAAAAAAAUGUACCAAUAAAUAAUAUUGUCUGCAUAUUGUGAGAAUUACCUAAUAGUAUUUAAUAUUUUAUAAUUAUAUAAAUAUAUAAAUGUAUUGAAAAUAUGUCUUCCAUACAAUGUGAAUUUCUAAAGCUUCCAUUAUCUAUUAAUAAAUUAUAUUUACUAUUUUUUGAACAAGUUAAAUAAUUGUAUUUAAAAUGUCUUAACAAAGAAUAUCAAACUGUUUUAUUAAUCAAUAGAAUUAUACUAUAAUGUAUUAAUAUUUUUUAGUAGUACUAACUACAUUUUUUUUAAAUACUGAUACAUAAAUAUUAUUUAUUUUAUACAGGUUUAAUAAAUUAAUUGUACUUAUUUUAAUUAUAUUAACAAUGUGUAAUAUUAUUUCUACAUAUAUAAAAUAUAAAUUUUAAAUGUAAUGUACCUACUCACAUGCAAGUUUUAAUUUUUGUUGUAUAGUCCUAUAUUAUUGUACUGAGUUAGUUUAUGUUUUGUUAUUUUCAUGACAUAGUAAUUAUAUUAUAAAGUAACUCACAUAAGUCUUAUACAUAUACUUUUGUGCAUACUUAAUAAUUAUUAUAUGUUGAAACAAAUGAUUUCAUCUGGCAAUCUCUACAAACCACACAUUUUUGUAAUAUAAUAAUUGUAUUUGAAA